UGUUCACCCAUGAGAGACACACCACCAUCGGCGACACGCUCCGCUCACGUUGCGAGGGUGAGGGCUCACUUUUCGUUUGCCAACUGGUCAUUCUCGUUCUUCAAGAAAGCCGCCUGUCUCUCGCGUUGAGGAGUCUGAACGCGUUGCGAUUGGACGACCGCGAUUGUAUUAAAGUUGAAAGAGACAUCAUCGAGAAUAGACCGGAUCAUCACGAAAAGAUCGAUGGUAAUCGGAUGAAAUAUAUUGUGAAGCAAGCCGCGCGUCUGUCUCGAAUCGCAGCUGAUUCUGCGUAUACACGUGAGAUGAAGUGUCGAGAACGGUGACAGCAGUCUUUGUUAGUAAUUAAGUGAAGUGUGAAUGAAGUGUUAGUAAAAGUUAAGUAGCUUGAUCGAGACGGUACGGCUUUAUCGAAAAGUUGCAAGUUGUGGACAAUUGGAAUUUGUUGAACUAAGAGAAUGUCACGUAUGGUACAAAUUGUGUAUGUCAUCGCAAGUGGUGACAACUGAUUUAAAUUUUCAAGGAAAGCUUUGAAAGGAGAGAUAUAUGAGAAAAAAGUUCUGAGAAAAAAAAUUUUACGAGGAUUACUAAUCACUAGUAGAAAGAUUGAAAAACGAAAACUGAAAAUAGUAAGAUAAGAAAAAUACAAGAGGAAGUCGUCAUAUAAGAACUGCUAUUAGAUGCCUUCAUUUAUCUUGUCCAACUUCGUGGAAUUUUGAGCGAAAGAUAUGUUUGACAAUUUGACAUAUCCAACUGAUGACAGCUACCUGAAUUUUUUUGAAUUCAGCCGACGCACAUUUAGAGGAAAAAAGGAGAACGAUCGAUUUAUGCAAUUUCUUCGAUCGCCUCAGCUGUCUUGAAAAAUUACCAAACGUGUAGUUUUGUGAUUUAUUGUGAUUCAGUUCUCGAGGAAAAUUCUUUGCUAUAAACUAUUUAUUAUUUAUGAUACAUUUCUAUGUAUUUUAAUAAAAAUGAAUUAUUCUGUCUAAACGAAACUGACGAGAAUAUCUUACUGUGAUUAACUGGUGAAUAUCUUUUUUAAUCAUCUCUUUUACUUCCUUCGCAAAACGCGCAAAGUAUUUACGAUAAUAUUGAAAGAUUAAACACUUUUAAUAAUAAUAUACUAGAUAACAUAAACUGCAAUUGAUAAAUGAGGGAUUGUAAGUGUGAUUAAUAAACAAUCAAUAGUAUUACAUUAUCGAAAUACGUGUUAUAAUUUUCGCGUCGGAUAAAUCUUGAAUCCUUAACGAACGUUGACGUAAAAAUUAAAAAAAAAAACAAUAAUAGACACCAUUCAAUUUUUUUUACAAACGGCACAGUAACAACAAUGUUCAUCUAAUAUAUUUAAGCGAUGUAGAAUACUCAAAUUAAAUUAGAUAAAGCACAGAUAAAGCAGAAGUCCAAAAAAAGCAGAAAGUGUUCGACAAUAAUUGAACUACCUCGCUAUCGCUGUAUGCUGCAGCAUGCACCAUUAUUCUUAAUGAUGAUUUAACGACUUUAGUGAUCCCGGAUGAUCUCGAACAUUUAAAUCGACUACGGGUUCGAUCGACGGAGGACGAGUUUAGAAGUGGUGUUGUUCGAAAGGGUGGUGCGACGUUCGGGUACGCAAGUCUGCAGGCCAGCUCUGGGGUGUCGGGCCCGGGCGGGGUAAUGAGCUGCUCCGAUGUGAUGUAUCAAUAUUAUCCUUACCUCUAUCAGACCCAUCGGCCACCGCCGCCGCAUCCGACCCACCCUCAUGCGGCCCCGCACAGCCACCCCCACGGCAAUCCGCACGCGGCCCAUCACAGCCCAGCUAGGCCGGCGCCUUUCCAACCCUUCCCGGCGGCGACAGCAACGCAUCAGUAUGACAGGCUGAAUGUUCACCAAAGGUCUCUGGAAGCAGCCGGUAUCGAGCUUUGUGGCGCCGGCGGAAGUGUCCCUCAAGGUCAACCGAGUAGUGCGGGUUCCGUAGGGUCCGCUCCGAGUCCUGCGUCCCCAAGGCCAACGCCGCAACCGCGACCGCCCCUCGCAACCACCACCUCGCAACCCUCGCGAACAUUGGAUGACGACAGAUCGACAGACGGCGUGGGCGCUGGCACCACCACCGAGGACUCGGACGAUGGCGAGAGCAGGGCGCAGUACGUUAACGCGAAUUGCGUCGUGUUCACGCAUUAUCGAGGCGACGCGGCAUCGGAAGUGGAGGAGCACUUUCAGAGGGCUCUCGCACACGAUAAAUUAAAGGAAAAUAUCUCCCCCAUGUCCAUGAGGAACUUUCCCCCUUCCUUUUGGAAUAGUCAGCAUCCCAGUGAUGUCUACGAGUACCCGACGGAUCCGUGGCAUCCGCAUUACCCACAGUACCAUCACAGGGCCGUGCACGAGUACCACCACCACAAUAUGGCAGCGGCGGCGAGUUACAGUGGCCUUCUGCUGGGUGGUGCACGCGGUCUCGGCCACCACACGUCUCACCACGCGGCACAUCACGCACACGCCGCGGCGUCCUACAAGGAGUGGACGUCGGCGACGCCGUCGCAGUCUCUCGUCGACGCUUCCUCGGCGCCGCCCUAUCCUCACGGCCACUACGCACCCCUCUCCGGUAAGACUCGAGUCUCAAGUUCAGGAUUCCAAGGACCUCUAUUGGUUCUAGGACCGAGCGUUGGAGAUCGGCAGGAGUCAUGCGGUUUCCUUAAAUUCAGAGGACGACUGAAGGACUGACAUUAAUAAGAAAAUUUAAUAAUACGAUCUAACGAUGCGGAUCGUGAAGACGCGAAUGCAACCGGAACGAGGACUUUGUUAAGCGAAAAUGACGAUCGAGUGUGCUCGUCGUUGUCAUGUACAUAGUGUUACCUACAUCUUUUAAGAAUCUACUAUUAGCGUAAAAUAGAUAGUAUUAGAUGAAAACUUGCGCGCACUAUAUUACCUUUAUAGUGACUGCUGGCGUCGAGGAGAAAGAUUGGCCAUAAGAAUGCGACCGAGACUUUGGCUGGUACAGUAGCGUAGUGCGAUCUAGACCUAAAUCGAGGCACACCUAAAUUUCCCAAAUAAUUAAUAUGUGUCUUCGAGUUUAUUAUUUAAAAAUAAGUCUCAGUUCAUGAACGUAUUGUUUCACUAAAACGCAAUGUCUAAAUGAUAACAAUCUAAAUGAUUCGAAAGUCUAAUAAGAAUAAAAUUGAAUUUGAAGAGCUUGACCUUUUAUAUGCAAAUUAAGAUCGCUACUCGGAAUGUAAAAAUAAUUAUUUGGCAAAUUUAGCUGCCGAUUUAAGUAAAGUAUUUAUUGACCAAUGAUCUUGCCAUAUAUAUAUAUAUAUAAAUAUAUUAUUAUUAAUUAUUAUUACUAUUAUUAUUAUUAUUAUUAUUAUUAUUAUUAUUAAUGUAUCAUAAACAAUGAGCGCCGCAAAUAUUCUGAAAUCUCCCCGAGUUAGCGAAUUAAAAUAGUUAUUAUCCGACGAAUCAACUAUAUUAUUCUUUGCCUCCUGGCUGCACCCCUGGCAUAUCUUAUCUCUCUUCAUCUCUCUCAAAUCUUUUCCACCUGCUACUUCACCGUUUAGUAUCUGUCCGGUAUAAUCACAAUCAUAUUGCCUACAUUAAGCACAUCGUAUCCAUCUCAUGUUAUCGCCUGUCUAAUUGUUAAAUAAAUAAUUCUCAUAUCACA